CGGCGGAGGAGGCAGUAUUUUUACCCGGACGCUGCUGCGCGGUUCGCUCGCCAGGCUGUGUAAUCGGCCGCCCGACACAGGCGGGUGCCGCGUCACAGGACGGCAGGGCGGCGCGGGGUGCGGUGCAGUGCGGCCCGCGGCGACGCUGCGCCAUGAGGCUGAGUGUGGUGCUGGUGGUGCUGUGCCUGGACGGCGUACGCCGCUGGAGACCGGCGUCGGGAUUAUCGCGAGGACACCCAGCGGCAGGAGGGGCACGGCAGUGAGCGCCACCAUUCCCCGGCCGCUGAACGACACCAGCAUCGGCACGGCGACAAGAAGAAGGCGUUCCAGCGCCAGCAGCACCAGCACCAGCACGACGAGUCGGAGAGGCUGGCACAACGAGCGGACGUUCAGCCACCUGACGGAGCGGGACGGCGGCAGCAGCUGGCAGCACUCGCACCGACGGGGCCAGCCAGACGCCCCGGUCGGGGGACAAGGUCGGGCCGGGGCGGGGGACCGGCACGACGGUCAGGAGGGCACGGACAGAGGGCGGCAGAACGGCAGGAACGGCGGGCGACAGGACGACGGCAGGCGGUCGGAGCACCGACGCCGGGAGGACAACGGACGCGCGGAAAAACACACGGACAGACACGGAGAGAGGCAUGACAAUGGAUACACAGACAGCGGCAUGGACAGACACACGAACAAAAACGAGAACAGACAUAACUGACAGGCAUGCGGACAAGCGGCACGGCCACAGCGAGCAGCAAGCUCCGGACGCCCGAUACCACCAGAACGGCGGCAGCGAGGCUCACCGAAGGGGCGACAUGCACCGCGCCAGCCAGGCUGAGCCGGCGAGGGAGCGCGGUCCCGCGUCAGCCUUGCCACACCCGCCCGCCGCCCCGCAGCCCGCGGCCGACGAGCCGGCGGUGGACGAGCCUGCCGCCAACGAGCUGAUAGUGGACGAACCGGCGGUGGCGCUCGGCUCGGACGGCGAGGCAGCGCCGGCCAUCGUGCCGCCCCCGCACGAGCAGGUGGCGGCCAUGGCGCGCUACGUGGUGCACGUAUCCGACUGGACGGCCAUGGCGACCAUCUCGAGUCGGGAGCCGACGCGUGGUAUGCCGUUUGCGAACGUGUUCUCGGUGGCCGACGGCACGCGCUACCGCUCCACUGGCGUACCCUAUCUCUACCUCACUGACAUGGAGAUCUCCGUCAAGGACCUGCGCGUCAACAACAACGCCUCUCUGACCAUGAGCCUGGCGCAGACCACCUUCUGCCAGCAGCACGACUACGACCCGGAGGAUCCGCUGUGCGCGCACGUGAUCCUCAGCGGUCGGGUGCUGCAGGUGGACCCGGACGAGCCCGAGUACACGUUCGCGCGGGACGCGCUCUUCGCGCGCCACCCGGAGAUGCCCGACUGGCCGGUCGGGCACAACUGGUUCGUCGCCAAGCUGGAUAUCAUGGACAUCAUCGUGCUGGACUUCUUCGGCGGCGCUAAGACGGUCAACACGGUCGACUACUUCGCCGCCGACCCGUUCAAGAUUGACCCACGGCUCGUCAACCGGGUCUGAGUGGGUCCCGGGACCCAGCAAGCGGGUCUCAACUGGUCUCGUAAUUCGUCGGGUGAUCCUGAGUGAGGCGACCAUCAGCGCUGUAACGGCCAAUGGAGUGUCGGCGUUGUGGUCAUCGCAAACCUGGCACAAGAAUGAUGCAUACUGGAACUGGUCGCUUCGUGCAUCGCAUGUCAAAUUUGCACGGCGAACUUCUCUCCAUUUAAGAAAUGUUGAGCAUAUGUCAAACAUAUGCAUAUUAUAAUUGGCGCAUGUUUAAUCACGGACGUGUAUGCAUGACGGCUCUUGUCAAAUGCAUCUGAUUUAUUUGUCAUGGUGACUUUUGACGCGAAUUUAGUGCGUGCCACGCGGUGAAUUGAAUAGUACAAGAAAUUAUCAUGUUUAUGUGCCAAGCCCGUUGUCUUGUGCAAACACACUGUCCUUACCAAAAUAAGUAGUGGAACGCCGCGUACAUGACGGAGUUACUCAUUCUAACGUCAUAUAAAUACCAUCAAAUUAAAAUGUUUAGUAUUGGAUUGGACACUUUCCUCGUGGCUAUCAUGUUGCAUCGAUGACCCUGCUUGCGUAUUUAGAAGCGUACUAGUGUGUUUGUCAGGAUAAAUGCACAUCCGUUAAAAAGUGUGCUGAUUGUGCCUUUACCAUUUCACCUCUUAGCAGAGUUCUCAGAGAACCUUAUCAUUGUAACCUUGAAGUCCGUUUUAUUUCUUGCAUGCAGUGCCUAGUUAUAUCCUCUCCAGCAAAAGGCUGCUGUUGUGUAUUCUCCGCUUGGUCUGUGAAUGCAAUGUCAUUUAUCCUCGGUGAUGAACGCUGCCGUUGGCCUUCCAUGGACCGGGGGCAUUGGCGCGGAGGAGUAAACCGCGUGGCGCGAUGCCCGCUUCAUAACACAGCGGCACCAGGUUAAAUAUGUUGCCGGGGAAUGACGCAGCGUUAAAGGGACAAAUAAAGGAAAGCGGAUUUUA